CGCCCGUGGUUUGACGUGUAAAGGGACUAUUUUCUCGCUGUGCAAACCUUCAAUUCUUUCGUCCAGACUCACUUUCGGCUUCCUGCACGAUUUAAUCCUACAGUCGCGACUUCCACAUCAAACGUUAUCAAAAUGGCAACCAACAUCACCUGGCACCCAUCUCUCUCCCGCGCAGAGCGCAACACAUCUCGCAAGCAGAAGGGCUUCACGAUCUGGUUCACCGGUCUUUCUGCAUCUGGCAAAUCGACAAUUGCAACCGCCCUCGAGCAGCACCUUCUGCAUCUCGGUUUCGCCGCUUACCGUCUCGAUGGCGACAAUGUGCGCUUCGGCCUCAACAAGGACUUGGGAUUCACAGAGAAGGACCGAAAUGAGAACAUUCGGCGGAUAGCGGAGGUCGCAAAGCUCUUCGCCGACUCCUCCACCAUCGCCAUAACAUCCUUCAUCUCCCCGUACAAGGCUGAUCGCAAAACCGCCCGCGAUCUACACGCCGUCACCACUGGUUCCGACGAGCCGCUCGCCUUCGUCGAGGUCUUCGUCGACCUGCCGUUGGAAGUUGCUGAGGCGCGUGAUCCCAAGGGGUUGUACAAGAAAGCAAGAGAGGGCAAGAUUCCCGAAUUUACGGGAAUUAGCGCACCAUAUGAGGCGCCCGAGAACGCUGAGAUUCACAUCAGGAGUGACCUGAAGAGUGUAGAGGACAGCGUUAGGGAGAUUGUAGAAUAUCUGCAGAGUAAGGGACUGCUUGAUCAGCAGAAGUGAGUUGAUCAAGGGAGCAUGACACGGAAGACUGUGGAUUUAUAAUGUAGCUCAAAGUUGGGUAUACUAUGAAUGAAUUACGCAUCGACUAUCAACGAGACGCACGUCAUUAACUCGGAGUCUAUUGGAUUGAAACAUGUCAAUCACAACCGCUUGGAUUGAUAUUUGCAUUCGAGUUCAGAGGACUCACAGCUACUAAACUGAGCUUUCACUACCAUACCUCAAGUCGUCAGUUUGGCUGAACGGUUCUACAUUGAUGCCAACGUUCAUGCUCCUUGAUAAUGAAAAAAAAAAGCCAACAGGAGGCCCGAGGUAGAUCGACAUGUCUAGACACAUCCG